AUGUCUGCUUAUCGACACGUGCAGCCCCAUCGGCCACAGAACGGCUACGACAGACGGUAUAAGCAGCGCCCAGAGCCAGAGUACUCAAGCGAAGAAGAGUACACGGAAGAGGAAGACUACGACGACGAGGACAUUGAUCCCUCUGAUUCUGCAUCUACAACCUACGACAGACCAAGGCUGCACACCCGCCCCUCCGAAACGGCCACCGCACGGCGCCAGCGAGCUCCCGCUAGGCAGGACGCUUCCCACCAUCAACAGGUGCAGUCUUACGCACCGGCCGCCGCACCGCCCAGCGUGGAUCCCUCUGAGGAUUACGGCCGCAAUGGCCACUAUGGCCACUAUGGCCAGCACCAGCAACAUGCCGCUGGUCGCAACAGCUACUACGGCCGCGGUCAUCCAGCUUAUCCCGCUCAGCAGCAAAACCAUGUAGUACCUUACAUGGGCUACAAUGGUGCCAAUCAGAUGAACCAGAUGACUCCAUAUGGCCAAUACGGUGGAAAUCCAUUCUCACCCAACGGCUCAAGCACUGGGAGCUACUAUGGAGGCGAACAGAGACACAUGUAUGACAUGAUGCCUUAUGGUGCACCUCCUCCGCCGGGCUAUAACUACGGGCCGCACGGGGCCCACUACAACGGCAUGCCGCCUCACAUGCAUCCAUAUCCCCCCCAGGCGCCAGCGCCGCCGCCAACUGAGGCCGCCCCUGCAUCCCCGGCUCCGGCUCCGAAAGAGCCUUCACCAGCUCCACCCCCGCCACCCGAUCCUGAGAAAGAGCGUCUUCAGAAAGAGCUAGCUGAUUUCAAGGCCGCGCAAGAAGAAGAAAAGAAAAUUGCGAGACAAAAGGAAAUUGAGGAUAAGAUCCGCAAAGAUGCCGAAGAGGCCCUUGCUAAGAAGAUGGAGGAGGUGCGGUUACAGGCUGAGGAAGCCAAGAGAGAAAUCGAGCGUGCCAGGGCGGAGGCCGAGCGCACCGCUCGUGAGAGACUCGAGGCCGAGAAGAAAGCUGAAGAGGAGAGACGACGAGUAGAGGCCGAAACUAGAGCUCGUUUGGAGGAAACGACGAGGCUCAAGUAUGAAGCGGAGAUGAAGGCUGCUGAAGAGCGGAGACAGAGAGAACAAGAAGACCGAGCUCGAGCCGAAGAAGCAGCCCGACUUCGUUUCGAGGCCGCUUUGAGGGCGGAGACUGCUGCCAAGGCGGCUGCUGAGAAGAAAGCGGCCGAGGAAGCUGCCCGGAUCGAGGAGCAAACGCGCCUUCGCCUCCAAGCAGCCAUCAAGGCUGAAAAUGAGGCCAAAGCCGCCGCCGCAAAGAAAGCUGCCGAAGAAGCUGCCAGAAUUGAGGAGGAGGCUAGACUCCGUGUUGAGGCUGCGCUCAGGGCGGAUGCUGAGGCCAAGGCUGCUGCAGCGAAGAGAGAGGCCGAGGAGGCCGAGAGGGUCCGACUUAUACAUGAAGAGGCCAAGGCCAAGGCCGAAGCUGAGCACCGCGCCCGGAUAGAGGCAGAACACGCCGCUGCGCAAAGGGCUGCUGAAGCUGCCGCCAUCGCCAAGGCGGAGGCCGAGGAGCUGAAAAAGAGGAUCCAGGCAGAGACUAAAGCGGCCAUUGACGAAGCCAACAAGAAAGCAGAGGAGGCUGCCAAAAAAGCUGAGCUGGCUCCCAUCAAGUUCAAGGAUGCGGUUGGCCGAAAGUUUAGCUUUCCCUUUCAUCUAUGCAACACCUGGCAGGGAAUGGAAGAGUUGAUCAAGCAGGCGUUCCUACAAGUCGACGUUUUAGGACCGCAUGUCCAAGAAGGGCAUUACGACCUGAUUGGUCCUAACGGCGACAUUAUCCUCCCGUCUGUUUGGGAAAAGGUCAUUGAGCCAGACUGGGCCAUCACCAUGACCAUGUGGCCCCUCGACAAAGCACCGCCUGUCGGCCCCAAACUGCCUCCAGGGAUGCCACCAUUGUCGCAAAGGCCUGAUGGUCACGGUCCUCCCCCGCCGCCGAUUGGAAUUCCACCACUCGGUCGACCACGGCCUAAUAUCCCAGGGAUGCCAAUGCCGCCUCCACCUCCUGGAUGGAACGGCGGGAUACCUCCGCCUCCGCGGGGACCACCAGGUAUAUCUCCCAACAUUAAGAUCGUGAACGCGGCGCCACAACAAAAGAAGAAGAGCAGCUCCAGCAGCAGCAAGCAAAACACUUCCAUGCUCAAUUUCUUAUCUGGAAAGGCCCCUGCCAAGAAGAAGUAA